AUGGAUCCGGUCGUCGCCAAGACGUUCAACGAAAUGCUCAAGCGGUUCGAGGACUUCGACGGGCGUUCCGCAGAGCACUGGGAGAGCCUGGAGAAACGCUUCGAGGACGCGUCCGCCGCCCUUCAAGAGCGACUUCGCCUACUCCUAAUACACCGCCGUCGUCAUCGCCGACAACUCGUCUCCGACCAGGAGCAGCGCAUGGCGGACUUGGAGCUCAUCCGGUUGGCCGAGAUCCGCGACGAGCGCGACGACCCCGUGGAGGCGUUGGAAGGCGCCGCCGGGGAGCUCCAAGGCUGGCGCACGAAGGUCGACGGCAACAUUGACAACAUCCGCUACGACCUCCGCCGCCACAUCAAGCCUCCAGCGACGCAGCCUCAGCAACCACCGUUGACGGCACAUCGGGAGUCGGCCGCCGCCGUGCUUCACCCUGGCGGAUCCACGAUCGACUGGCCCACCGGGCACCGCGUCGAAACGACUACACGGGAGCGGCCCUAUGGUUCGGUCACGACCAUAGUUCCGUCCCCGGCCAAUGGUACGUGUCGCGCUCCCAAUCCUGACCCUCCCUCACCCGAUUCAUCACCUCCUGUCCGUCCACCACCCAAUCCUACCAAUUUUCCCCAACCCAAUUCAUCUCACCACAAUCCCAAUCUCGGCCACCUUCCCAAAAUGCAUUUCCCCAACUUCGACGGCGAAGAUCCCCAGUAUUGGAUGACCUGCGCUCAUAACUAUUUCGACCUCUACACCGUCGAUCCAUCUAUGUGGGUUAAGUGUUCCACUAUGCAGUUCACCGGCGCAGCCCGCCGCUGGUUCCAAUCCGUCGAGCGCCAACUAAUCGGCCUCGAUUGGCCAUCCUUCUGUCGUCUGAUUUGUGAGCGCUUUUGCGGCGAUCAGCAUGAACUGCUCCUUUGCCAACACUUCCACAUCAAGCAAACGACCACGGUCCAGGACUAUGUCGAUCGUUUCGUGGACUUGGUCGAACAGCUCACAGCCUACACACCAAAUCCAGACCAUCUUUCUUACAUAACUCGCUUCAUCGACGGCCUCCGUGAUGACAUCCGGGCUAUUGUUCUCGUUCAACGUCCUUCCACGCUGGAUGCUGCUUGUACUUUGGCGCUUUUGCAGGAGGAAGUCGUCGAGCCGGACAGCAGGAAGGAGGUCCGCAAGGCUGACCAUUACUCCUUCCACAAGCCGUCGGCACCCAGGGGAGCUCUACCACCACCUCCUCCCCAACGUGCCACUGCUUCUACAACCCCUCCUGACGACAAGAAGCCCGCGGAGGAACGCCGUCAUCCACCGUGCGCCGGGUCUGUCGACGAUCGCCUUCAGACCCUAAGAUCAUACCGCAAGGCCCGCGGUCUCUGCGUUCGUUGCGCGGAACGUUGGCAACCGGGGCACAAAUGUGUGCCCGCCCUCCAAGUCCAUGUACUUCAGGAGGUUUGGAACCUGUGCCAGGAGGAAUUCUCAGAACUUGAGGAGCAGGGCUCUCCGGCCGAGCCAGCGCACCAGUCACCUGUUUCAGUUCAAGUCGCUGAUGGUGGAUCAGUUACCUGCACUCAGGAAAUGCCUAUGGCUGAAUGGUCUGUACAGGGGUACACCUUCCAUUCUACACUGAAAGUGCUUCAGCUGGGAUCCUACGAUAUGAUAGUGGGCAUGGAUUGGUUGAUGGCAUUCUCUCCUAUGAAGAUACACUGGCAACAGAAGUGGAUGAUGUUUCCGUAUGGUGCCACACAAAUUCUGCUUCAGGGUUCCAAUCCACUCUUUGGUUCCCAACAUUCGACGACCUCAAUCUUCGGACAAUCCAGGGAGAUAUGGGUUGAGGGUGAGGGCAUGCUCCAUGCCCUCUACUUCACCAAAAGCACUUCAGGCUCUUCUUGGUCACUCUCCUAUGCCAACCGCUACGUGCAAUCCGAGACGUUCAAGCUUGAAACAGCCCGGCAGAAACCUUGCUUCCUCCCUGCCACUGAGGGCGACUCUGCAGCCAUCAUCGCCGCCUUCAUGUUCAACUAUCUGAGGUUUGGCAAGGUGAACAAGGACAUCAACAACACCAAUGUGUUUGAGCAUGCCGGUAGGGUGUUCGUUAUCGCUGAGAACUCUCUACCUUACGAGAUCUGCAUAGAUAGCCUCGACACUGGCGAUACCUGGGACAUUGGUGGGGAAUGGGAUCCGCCCGCUUUCACUGCACAUCCAAAGGUAGCUCCUGGAUCAGGGGAUCUUGUCAUCUAUGGAAUAAAUGCAAAGAAGCCAUUCCUAGUAAUUGGAGUUGUCUUAGCUGAUGGAACCAAACUAAAGCAUAGAGUUGAUCUCAAGCUGGACAGAUGUAUAUUUUGUCAUGAAAUAGGAGUUACUCCAAAGUACAAUGUAAUCAUGGAUGUACCACUUACUUUCGACAUCAGUAGACUUAUCAAAGGUGGACAGUUGUUGCAGUUUGAGAAGGAAAGUUAUGCGAGAAUUGGGGUUAUGCGCCGUUAUGGCAAUGCAGAUUCAGUUAUCUGGUUUAAUGUUGAACCAUUCUGCAUGUUCCAUCUAAUCAACUGUUUUGAAGAGGGUGAUGAGGUUGUGGUACAAGGUCUCCAUUCUCCAGACUCUAUAAUACCAGGUCCAAGACUUGCCCUGAACAAGUAUGGAUUGUCUGAGCUUACAGAAGAUGACAAGCACAUGAAACAAGAAAUUAACGAGGAAUUUUUCUUUCGGUUAUACCAAUGGAGAUUAAACUUGAAAACAAACUAUGUCUCAGGGGAAUAUUUAACUGGAACAGAGUUUUCAAUCGAAUUCCCAACAAUCAAUAACCAGUACACAGGCUUGCAACAUAGUUAUGCCUAUGCACAAGUUGUGGACUCUGUAACAAUCUCUUGUGGCAAAUGUGUGAAAGUCAAUCCGAAGUAUAGAGGUUUUGCAAAAUUCUUCCUUGAUAAGAGAAACAACACAGAGAUAUCUGGGGCAAAUCUCAUAAAAACGCAGUAUCACUGGCUUAGUAAAGAUGAGUUCUGCUCUGGAGCAACAUUUGUACCGAGAGUUGGUGGGUCACAUGAAGAUGAUGGGUGGAUUAUUUCAUUUGUACAUGAUGAGAAAACUAACACAUCACAGGUGCAUAUAAUUGAUGCUCAAAGAUUUGAAGAUGCUCCUGUUGCAAAAGUAGCACUACCACGAAGAGUACCUUAUGGCUUCCAUGGAAUUUUCAUCACAAAAUGA